AGUUUGCCAAGCCAAGCCAGAGAACGGGACAGACUGGAGAGGUGAGAAACAAGACAAUGAAGGCAGCUCCAGAGCUCAUCAUCAUCCUGCUUGCCUUGCCGGCCACAGCUUCAGGCCUGACUUGUCACAAAUGUCUGGGGACUCGAGAAAAUUGCACCAGCCAGGAGCAAAUUUGUACUGAGAAUGAGACUGUAUGCAUGGAAGAAACACGAGCUACUUAUGGCCCCAUGAGUGAGACGUUGAAAAGGGGAUGUGCAACCACCCAGCACUGCCAGUUAUACUUCGCUGUCCGUAGGGGAUUUGUUUCACGAAGCAUCUACUGCUGCUCUGAGGACCUUUGCAAUGCUGUUCCCUACAAUGUCACUUAUACUGCCAAGCGCAACGGAUUGGAGUGUUACACUUGUAUCGGCAGCUUGGGUGAAUGUAGAGGGACUGCCAUUCCCACAGCCCAGUGCAGAGGCAGAGAAAAUCGUUGCGUGGAAAUCUUUCGUCAGUGGUUGCCAGGAACUGGUCUGGUGGAGCCUAUCAUCAAGGGCUGCGGAGAUUAUCCCAAAGAAGAACGACUGUUAGCGUACAGCAUAGGCAGCAAAAUCAGCUAUGUGGCGAUCCGAAUCUGUGAAGGCUCUAAGUGCAACAACAAUUCUUUCCCAGAAUUUUUGACCAGGGAGCCCAACGGGUUGGAAUGUUACAGCUGCCUGGAGGAAGGGAACGGUGAAUGCAACACAGAGAACCUGCAACCGGCAGACUGCAUGGGAACCAUGGACCACUGCAUGACUGUUUUAGAUUAUACCCACAACACCAGAAUCCGAGCUGGAUGUGCCAACCAGGAACUCUGCCAAGAUACCACCUUCUAUGGAGCUCUGAUGCCCAAACUGCCAAUCAGUUACAUGAUAUGCUGCCAGAGUCCUUUCUGCAACGGAGACCCUGACCAGGGAGAAAGAAGUAGCACGAGAGUCUUUCUUAGCCUGCUGAUGGUGCCAUUGUUCAUUGCUUUGAACUAG